UCCGUCGCGCGGCCCGCUGCUUUAGGUCGCGGGAGCCGCACAGUGCAGUCCGCGGUACCCAGUGGCUUGUCCUGUCGCCUGCAGCACUGGUAAUCCAGGAAGACAAAAGGCUUCUUCUCAAUCAACUGCUUCUCCCCAGAACUUCCUAAUACAGGGACACAAGGCCAUCAGUAAUCAUGAGCAACCCAUUCACCCACCUUGCUGAGCCAUUGGAUCCUACACAACCAGGAAAGAAAUUCUUCAAUUUGAAUAAAUUGGAGGAUUCAAGAUAUGGACGCUUACCGUUUUCCAUCAGAGUUCUCCUGGAGGCAGCCAUUCGGAACUGUGAUGAAUUUUUGGUGAAGAAAAAUGACAUUGAAAAUAUCCUAAAUUGGAAGGUCAUGCAGCAUGAGAACAUAGAGGUGCCAUUUAAGCCUGCCCGUGUCAUCCUGCAGGACUUUACGGGUGUGCCAACUGUGGUUGACUUUGCUGCAAUGCGUGAUGCUGUGAAAAAGUUAGGAGGAGAUCCAGAGAAAAUAAACCCUAUCUGUCCUGCUGACCUUGUAAUUGAUCAUUCCAUCCAGGUUGAUUUCAACAGAAGGGCAGACAGUUUACAGAAGAAUCAAGACUUGGAAUUUGAAAGAAAUAGAGAACGAUUUGAGUUUUUAAAGUGGGGCUCCCAGGCCUUUCACAACAUGAGGAUUAUUCCCCCUGGCUCAGGAAUCAUCCACCAAGUGAACCUGGAAUAUUUGGCAAGAGUGGUAUUCGAUCAGGAUGGGUACUAUUACCCAGACAGCCUCGUGGGCACUGACUCGCACACUACCAUGAUUGACGGUUUGGGUGUUCUUGGUUGGGGUGUGGGUGGAAUAGAAGCAGAAGCUGUCAUGCUGGGUCAGCCAAUCAGCAUGGUGCUUCCCCAGGUGAUUGGCUACAGGCUGAUGGGAAAGCCUCACCCUCUUGUAACAUCCACUGACAUCGUGCUCACAAUUACCAAGCACCUCCGCCAGGUUGGGGUAGUGGGCAAAUUUGUGGAGUUCUUUGGGCCAGGAGUAGCCCAGUUGUCCAUUGCCGACCGAGCCACGAUUGCUAACAUGUGUCCCGAGUAUGGAGCAACUGCUGCCUUUUUCCCGGUUGAUGAAGUUAGUAUCCAGUACCUGGUGCAGACAGGUCGUGAUGAAAAAAAGGUAAAGCACAUUAAAAAAUAUCUUCAGGCUGCAGGAAUGUUUCGAGAUUUCAGUGAUUCCUCUCAAGAUCCAGACUUCGCCCAGGUUGUGGAAUUAGAUUUGAAAAUAGUAGUACCUUGCUGCAGUGGACCCAAAAGGCCUCAGGACAAAGUCGCGGUGUCUGACAUGAAGAAGGACUUUGAGAGCUGCCUUGGAGCUAAGCAAGGAUUUAAAGGAUUCCAAGUUGCUCUGGACCAUCAUAAUGACCAUAAGACAUUUAUCUAUGAUAAUAGUGAAUUCACCCUUGCUCAUGGUUCUGUGGUCAUCGCUGCCAUUACUAGCUGCACAAACACCAGUAAUCCAUCUGUGAUGUUAGGAGCAGGACUGUUAGCAAAGAAAGCUGUGGAUGCUGGCCUGAAUGUGAAGCCUUACAUCAAAACUAGCCUGUCUCCUGGAAGUGGUGUGGUCACCUACUACCUACGAGAAAGCGGAGUCAUGCCUUAUCUGUCUCAGCUUGGGUUUGACGUGGUGGGCUAUGGCUGCAUGACCUGCAUUGGCAACAGUGGGCCCCUGCCAGAACCUGUGGUAGAAGCCAUCACGCAGGGAGACAUUGUAGCCGUUGGAGUACUGUCUGGGAACAGGAAUUUUGAAGGUCGAGUCCACCCCAACACUCGGGCCAAUUAUUUAGCCUCCCCACCCUUAGUAAUAGCAUAUGCAAUUGCUGGGACCAUCAGGAUCAACUUUGAGAAAGAGCCAUUGGGGGUAAAUGGAAAGGGACAACCAGUAUUUCUGAAAGAUAUCUGGCCUACCAGAGAUGAGAUCCAGGCAGUAGAGCGUCAGUAUGUCAUCCCGGGGAUAUUUAAGGAGGUCUACCAGAAAAUUGAGACUGUGAAUGAAAGCUGGAAUGCCUUAUCAGCCCCAUCAGACAAGCUGUAUUUGUGGAAUCCCAAAUCUACAUACAUUAAAUCACCACCAUUCUUUGAAAACCUGACUUUGAAUCUUCAGCCCCCUAAAUCUAUAGUGGAUGCCUAUGUGCUAUUAAAUUUGGGAGAUUCAGUAACAACGGACCACAUCUCUCCAGCUGGAAAUAUUGCAAGAAACAGCCCUGCUGCUCGCUAUUUAACUAACAGAGGCCUGACUCCACGAGAAUUCAACUCCUAUGGCUCCCGCCGAGGUAAUGACGCCAUCAUGACACGGGGGACAUUUGCCAACAUUCGCUUGUUAAACAAAUUUUUGAACAAGCAGGCACCACAGACUAUACACCUGCCUUCUGGAGAAAUUGAAAAGAAGGAGUGCAGAGGCCCUUGGAGGGCUGCUUGGAUCCUAAGGGCGCCAUUUGGAGUUGGCAGAUUACAGCUGGAUGGCUUGUUCACAGAUGGGAGGUGUGGUAGAUGGGGAAAGCCUGCACUUAGAGUCAGACAAGUCUGGGUUUAAGACCCAGCUUCACUUCAUCCUCGCUGUGGAGGCUUCGGCAAGUUACAUUCUUCUGUAAGCCUCAUUUUUCUUAUCUGUGAAGUAGAAAUAAUGCCUACCUUGUAAGACUCUGAGGCUUAAAAUAAACAGAAUGACAUGGAAAACCUA